AUGGGACUUUCAAACUUUCCCUAUGCAGCAGAAGGUGUUAUGCCUGUGAUUUUGAUGAACACAGUUUUAUCUGUGGUUUUAUUGAAGAACAUGUUUAGAUCCAUUCUCCAAAUAGUUGGUUGCACAUCAAGUACUAAUACUAAUUCAUCAUCAAAUAUUGAAGAAGAAGAAGAAGAAGAAGAAGUGUACUAUCAAGAGAGGAGGGUGUCAAUAACACAGUACAAGUCAUUGUGUAACAACAGGUCCAACAUAGGUAGAAGUCCUAUGGUAGAGUGUUGUGUGUGUUUGUCUGGUUUUGAAGAAAAUCAGGAGGUGAGUGAGUUGCCUUGCAAGCAUUUCUUUCAUAGAGGUUGUUUAGAGAAAUGGUUUGAUAAUAAACAUAGUUCGUGUCCUUUAUGUCGUUCUAUGGAAUAG